AUGCCCCAACCAAAAGUAAUUGCAAUGUACUAUUUUGUCGCAACACAAUGCGAUAAGCUUUCUCUUCACAAAGGAGCGUACGUCUAUUUGAUCUAUGAAGGAGUGGAUACUUGGUGGAGAUGCCAAUACCCCAAUAACGGGACGAUUGGCUGGAUACCGUCCAACUCCGUGAUGGGACUUCCGCCGAGUGGAAUGCUUGGAGACGAGAACCAACCCGACAAGGAGCGUCCGCAGAUCACCAGGAAGGUUGAUCAAGUUUGCGAUGAGACAUUUCUCCAAUUCCAUCUCCAACUCUUCUGCUUGCUCCGUUCCUCCUCUUCUCUUUCUUUUAAUUUAACAUAAUUGUGAAUGUAUAAUGGAUACAAUGCAAUGAAUAGUCUAUCUCUAUCUCUGCGAGUAUGGAUUUUUGUGAUAAACCGGCAAAUCUAGUGAUACUUCUCCGUUAUUGCUUUUAUCGAUGUUUAGUGUUCUAUGCCGUUCUCUCCGUUCUUCUCUCUCUUUCUCUAUCCCUCUUUCUCUUCUCUCUUAGUAUCGAACUGCUCGUAUUUACAUAUUUACUUGCGAACGCGCUGUUUGUUUCUCGUUCGUUCGAACCACUUUUAGUACUCAACUGAGCCGUGCAUGUCCUCGUUUUCCUUUUCUGCGUUUGGGGGUUCUGCUAUUUGCACAGACUGCGUUCAGCCCAUCUCUGUCUCCCUCGCGCGCUUUUCUGCGUGCGCCUCUCAGUGUCGAUUUACGGGAUGAUUUUUUUUACUGAAAACGCUGUUUUCCCAAGUUAUGCACAGUUUUCCUUCAAAAAAUUUGUCUCACGUUUGUUCGUAUGAUCAAUAGCUACAAAAUGAUCGCAGAGUGCUCGUGUAAAAGUUAAAAUUCGAAAAAUUGUUUCGCUUUCAAAAUUUGGCUUGAAAAAAAAGAACUUUCGGAAUUGUUGAGAAAACGGUUGUCAUAAUCAAAAAACAGUUGCUUCUUCUGAGCUGAACGCUGGUUUAAGGUCACAUAUGUUUAUAAACGGAUUGAGCUUCGGUAGUCGUACCGGUGUCAUUUCGCUCUAUCGUUUAGUGUAUUCAAGAUUUCCAGAUAAUAUUAUCUUUAUUUCGUGCCUUCAUUCGUCAUUGGAGAGUCCUGCCACUCUCCGUCGUGAGGGGAACACAGAAUGAAUGUAUCUUGGGUUCCUGCGCGGAGAUAGUGCCGGGUCAGGACAGGGUCAAUCAUAUCUUGCCCGCCUACGGAUAAUAUCAGGAGGAAAUCGGAAGAUGACAGGCCAAAGUGCAGGCCUGUGACAUGUUAUUAAUUAUUCUGAUAAUCUCUGUUUCACCUCAUUUUCUUUAUUUUCGGAAAAAAAAUCCAGAAAUUUCAGACCUGCUUUUGUUUCCAACGACACUCCGUCUUAACGCGGCGCUAAAUUUAGCAUUAGCUAUAUACACAAGGACGUCGGGGUCAAUUGAUGUCCGUCCGCGGUCUCUCCCCAUCUCAGUCUCCUCAGUCUCUUGCGUGUUUUCUCGCUCUUUCUCUCAACACCCUUGCUGUGCGGAUGACCAAUCCAUUCAAUCUGUUUUUUCUUCUCACUGCAUUCUUCUAUUUCCUGCGAGUUGUCAAACGCACAGUUAAUUUUUCAGAUUUCGGAUAUCUUACGGGACUUUGCAAGAUGUCAGUGGAGUCGAAAUGUCCAUUCGAUUAUCUCCUGGUAAGCUUUUUGCGGUUUUUUGUGAAAUUUCACAUCUGAGCUUUCAGAUUUUGGACUUUGAAACGACUUCAGAUGGAACUAUGAACGACUAUCCGUUCGAAGUCAUUCAGUUCAGUGUGGUCGCAUUUGAUGUCAAAAAGAACAAGACCGUAAGUGAAGCAAUGUUAUAUGAGCAAAAUGUUCAUGAUUCCAGCGCGAUGAUCUCAACUUCAACGAGUACGUUAAACCGGUCAUCAAUCCCGUACUCAGUGAUCAUUGUGCCGCAUUCACCGGUUAGUUUCCACUAGUUUCAUCAAUAAAAAACGUGAUUCGUACAGGAAUAGAUCAGAAAACACUGGACAGUGCGGACAAUUUCAAAGACGUUUAUUAUCGCUUUGUGAAAUGGCUUUCGGACAACGGAAUCGAGGAGAGACGCUUCGCGAUCGUUUGCGACAGGUGAGACAGCUAAAGAUUAUUGCAGCUUAUACAAAGGACUUUGUAAUUUCAGCCGUCAGGAUAUGUGGCGCAUCGCUCAGUACCAACUCCGUCUCGAUGACAUCAUCAUGCCGUCGUUUUUCCGUCAGUACAUCAGCCUGUGGCGCGUCUUCGAAGCGGAGCAAGAGCGCAGAGGACGCAAGGAGCUGUUCGAGAAAGUGAGGCAACUUUCUCGUGCCCUAUCAUAAUCUUCCAACUAUUCCAGUCUUACAUCUCGAAAAUGAUCGAGUACUACGAGCUUGACAAGAUCGGAAAAGCUCACAACUCGAACGACGACUGCAAGACGAUGUGCCUGAUCGUCCAGAAGAUGCUCGAGACGGGGGCCACGCUCACCAUCAAUGAGAUGCUCAUUUGCAGCGCUGUGGUUAGUUUAAAAGCAGAUUUGCAACAGGCCUUGCCAAACAUGCACCAAAAUUUUCGAGUGGCUGAUCAGAUAGAUCGCAACUUUGACACCAAUUUUCAGCAACAAAUUUUUCCCAGCGGUUUUUGUGAUUUUUUGAUUUCCUCAAAAAAAUUUGCUCAAAGAGAAACACUCGGGCCGACCGGCGCUAGGCCGACCCGAAGUUUUACAAAUCUGUUUCGAAGCAAUACUUUUUUUCAGUGGCGCAAAAAACCGCUGGAGGUUCCUGAAGGCUGGAGAACGAAUUUCCAAGACGCCACGAAAGUGUUUGAGCGCAUCAUGCCGCUGGUGGUGAAAGUGGUCCGUCCGGGAGAGUACAGACCGGAGGAGUACGGAAUCUGCAAGUACUGCAAGUCGAAAGCGAGCGUGUGCGGAAAGACUCACAGACAGUACCCGGCGUACAUCUACUACAGAGAGAGUCAGCCUGUGCAGUAUGCGAUUCACGCCAGGUGGAUCAAGAAUUAA